CUGUGCCUUUUGCUUUAGACUCUCCACAAGAAGCACUUAUGCUGCAGGGCAGAUAUGAGAAAUUUAUUUACUUAUUAUUAUUAUUAUUAUUAUUUUCCUGGGAAAGAAAUGGGAAAUGUCGGUUUGUGUGAUUUUCAGGGUCUGUUACUUUGAACCCGUGUCACUAGCUUGUCUUUGUUUGUGUAAAGAAAGAUGAAACCUUGCUGUGUGUCAUUGAGAGUUUCUGAAUGUAUGGCUAAGAGGUUUUUGGGUUUUUCUUUGGGAAGGGGUAACAGAUUGAAGUGGAUAUGUGGUUGGCGUUUUGGGGUGGUUGGCGUGUGAAAUGCAAGUUACUAAAGUGCAGAAUUUGAAAGUGGGUCUUGACUCACUUGGGAAGGUUUCUUCUUGUUUGGAGCACUUCUUUGGAGUUUAGCAGGGGAUUUCUUCAUUUUAAAGUCAUAAUUGUUGCUUUUUAUGUUGGUCUUGUGUUAGAAUCUUAGGUUUUCAUGAGUCUCUACUUUGUUUGCUUCCGCCUUUGAAGAUUGUUUAGAAGAAGAGAAGCUGUUUACAUAGCAAAUAAAGGGAGUUGAGUUCGUUCAGUCUGCAAUAUCAAGAGAGCUUCCUUCUUCCUUGAGAUGAUUUGGGAACUUGAGUUUCUGAAAAGUAAAAGUUUCAACAUGCUUCAUGGCGCUGGUUCUGCGAUCUCCGAUCUGCAUAUGUUAGCAAGUACUACUGAAGACUUGUGUGCAUCUUGUUAAUGGUAUCUCUACAACUUAAGAACAUUUUCUUGUCAUUCAAAGCUGCUCGUUUCUAGUGUGGGUUCUUUACAUGUCUCUGAUGGAUAAAUUAGUCAGGCAUUAUGUGUCUUUGUUUCUUGUUAUCGUUUCACUGUCAAUCAAUUGUUCAGAGCAACUACAAUCAUCUCAGGCUCACACCCUUUUGAGACUCCAGCUACUUUUGAAUUAUCCAGCUGUUUUAAGUAGCUGGAAUAACAGCACAGAUUUUUGCAAUACCGAGCCUACUUCAUCUUUAACUGUGGUAUGCUAUGAUGACAAUAUAACCCAGGUGCUUAUCAUAGGCGGUAAUGGAACACAUUUACAACCGAAAAACUUUUCCAUGGACUCAUUUGUCACAACGCUAGUUAAGCUUCCCAACUUGAAAGUCCUUACAUUGGUUUCUCUGGGUUUAUGGGGGCCAUUGCCUGGUAAGAUUGCUCGUUUAUCCACACUUGAAAUACUUAAUAUGACUUCAAAUCUCUUAUAUGGUGCCAUCCCACAAGAGCUUUCGUUAAUAUCCAGCCUUCAAGCACUAAUUCUUGAUGAUAACAUGUUUUCUGGGAGGCUACCAGAAUGGAUGGGUUCAUUUCAACUUUUGACUGUUCUGAGUUUGAGGAAAAAUUUGUUCAAUGGGUCAUUGCCUGACUCGUUUAGAAAUCUGGAGAAUCUGAGAGUUCUUUCUCUUUCACAUAACUACUUCUAUGGGGAAGUUCCAGACUUUACCAGCUUGACAAAUCUUCAAGUGCUUGAUGUAGAAGAUAAUGCUUUUGGACCUAGGUUUCCCCUCCUUGGAAACAAGUUGGUUACUCUAGUGCUGAGCAAGAACAGGUUUAGGUCUGGCAUUCCUGCUGAACUUAGCUCCUAUUAUCAGCUGCAGCAGUUGGAUCUCUCUUUUAAUAGAUUUGUUGGGCCAUUCCCACAGUUAUUGUUAUCCCUACCUUCCAUUACUUAUUUAAGUAUUGCAGACAACAAACUCACAGGGAUGCUUUUCGAAAAUACCUCUUGCAAUGCUGACCUGGAGUUUGUAGAUUUAUCCUCAAAUCUUUUGACUGGCCAGCUUCCCAACUGCCUUCUAUCAAAUGCUAAACACAGAAUUGCUCUGUAUUCUCAGAAUUGUCUAGCAAAUGGAAAUGAAAAACAACAGCCACUUUCCUUAUGUCGAAAUGAAGCUUUAGCUGUUGGAAUCAUACCUCAAAGAAAGAAGAGGAAACAACUUGCCGAAGCAGUUCUUGCCUUGGGCAUAACUGGAGGGAUUGUUGGUGGAAUUUUACUUGUUGGUCUAAUAUUUCUAUUUGUUAGAAGAUAUAACUCCAAGGGGACAGUCAAGAAACCUAGCACACGACUGAUAUCUGAGAAAGCAUCAACUGGAACUGGAACGGGGUACACUUCAAAGUUACUUACAGAUGCAAGGUAUAUAUCUCAAACAAUGAAGCUAGGGGCACUUGGCCUUCCAGCCUAUCGAACCUUUUCAGUUGAAGAGCUUGAAAUUGCUACAAACAACUUCCACACAUCUGCUUUCAUGGGUGAAGGCUCUCAAGGCCAGAUGUAUAAGGGUCAGCUCAAAGAUGGUUCCUUUGUGGCCAUUAGAUGCCUGAAAAUGAAGAAAAGCCACAGCACUCAAAACUUCAUGCACCAUAUAGAAUUAAUCUCAAAAUUGAGACAUCGGCAUUUAGUCAGUUCUCUGGGACACUGCUUUGAAUGCUACUUGGAUGAUUAUAGUGUCAGCAGAACAUUCCUCAUCUUCGAAUACGUACCAAAUGGCAAUUUAAGGAGUUGGAUCUCUGAAGGACAUGCCAGCCAAUUGCUUGCUUGGUCACAACGUAUAGCUGCUGCAAUAGGGAUAACAAAAGGCAUCCAAUUUUUGCAUUCAGGAAUUGUUCCUGGCGUGUAUUCAAAUAAUCUCAAAAUUACUGAUAUUUUGUUGGACCAAAACCUUGUUGCAAAAAUUAGCAGUUAUAACUUGCCUUUGUUAGCUGAGAGUGCAGGAAAGGUUGGUCAUGGUCAUGGUCAUGGAACUUCUACUGGAUCCAAGGACCCUAGUAUCAGCUCCAGGGUAAAAUUUGAGGGUAAGGAUGACAUGUAUGACUUUGGAGUAAUUUUAUUAGAAAUCAUUCUGGGGAAGCAAUUGAAAUCACGGAGUGAAGUGAAUUCUUUCAAGAACCAGUUACAGGCAAGUAUAGCAGCAGAUGAUUCAGCUCGAAGAAACAUUGUUGAUCCAGCAGUUCAGAAAGCAUGCUCAGAUCAAUCCUUGAAGACAAUGAUGGAAAUCUGUGUCAGGUGUCUACUCAAGGACCCUGCAGAGAGACCCUCUGUUGAGGAUGUUCUGUGGAACUUGCAGUUUGCUGCUCAAGUUCAGGAUGCAUGGAGAGGUGACUCCCAAAGCAGUGAAGGAUCUCCAGUCUCUCCUUCCCAACCUGCACGUAUGCACGUUGCCUUCCAUUAGGUUUCUGAGGCAGUAGUAGUAACAAGGAGGAAAAAACUUUAUGUUGGUUCUCCAUCACUCCCAACAAGCAUACACGCUGUACGUGCUAAAGUUUUUCAGGUCAUCCCUUGUCUAGCCCUUCACCAUUUUCGUUGUCAAAUUCCACUGCUGUUGAAAGUUGCAGAAAUGAAACUGCUGUACAUGUUUUGCAGGAAAGAAAAGCUCAUAAGUCUUUUAAACUUUAUUACUGAGGGAAAAAUAAUCAGUUGCUCUAAAAUUUUUGGCUUUAAAUGUUUGGCGUUGGAUCAUCAUUU